UGCAAUUCUGACCUUCGCUUUCAGCCCUACAUUUGGCCCCCAAAUGUAACAUAUUUGAUAUCUACCACCAAGGGACAAUCUAUAUAGCAAUUCAUUGCUCGCCAGGCUUUCACCUCGAGGUUGUUGGUGAACAAUAGCCGGCAAAGAAAAAUCGCAUCUGCUUCGUACUCAAACUGGCCACUCCGACCCCAUCGCUGUCAUGUCGACGGCGGCUGUACAACCAAAUCGUUACUGACUGGACGCUUUCAAUCAACCCAUGGGCGUAGUGAGUCCGUCUGAUGACGAGCUUGAAUCCCAGGCUGGUGUCGUUCAGCAGGAAGAGGACGAAAGUGGGACGCAAUGGUUCACUCGAUUGCAGCAAUGGCACUCCGACAACAACAAUGCGCUCGUCCACACGGCGUUGGAUUCCCACCGGCGCGAUAUGUUCAUGUCGUAUCCCAUGACACCUGGACAACCCUCGAUGGCGAGCAUCGAUGAGUAUAUCUACACCCAACGACAAGAGGAAUUAUGCCUCCAUAUUACUCCUGAUGCCAACCACCCAGCCCUCUCAGUGCUCAUACCUAUGGCGAUGCAGGAUACAGGUCUGUUUAGAGCCUUUCUGGCCGCGGCCCAGAGUCAGUAUGAGUGGCGUCGUAACCGGAACCCUCGCAACCCGCAGCGCUCUCAGGCGAUGAUCAUGAUCCAGAAUGAUGCCAUUGCGACCCUUCAGAAACGUCUGUCGCAACCAGCAGCUCAUCUAGACGACGGUGUGAUUAUGUCGGUGCUGCAUCUCAUGGUUGCUGAUUCCUGCUCGAUGGAUCUCCCGGCUCUGAAACUCCAUCUUAAGGGCGUGCGACAGAUUUUGGCGCUGCGCGGCGGCCUGAGUGAUACACCGGCUCAUCUGGCUCUGCGUGCUAUCCUAGCCACGAACGAAUUCUACAUCGCGCUAGGCCAGUACCUACAACUCAGCCCGGACGACCUAAGCACCGUGCCCAUGCAACCCAUCACUUACGUACAACACCCCUUCCCAUCAGAAGUAACCCGGGAUCUCGCAAAACUUCCCGUGGGCCUUGCUGAGGCCGCGCUCUCCGGCCAACUGAGCGUGCGUUGCAUGAGAAUGCUAUCCAACCUCGCGCAAUGGGCACACUUGGCCAACAUACAAGCCAGCAGCACCGAAGAUGCCAUGAUGCGAUACUGCCGUCUAUUCUGCGAACCGCGGGAAUUUGCGCGCGAUGCCGUCAUGCUGCUUCUCGAUUUACGAAGGUCAAACAUCCCGCCCGGACUGGAGCACGUAGUGUGCUUGGGUCUGGCGAUCAUUGUGAGACACCUUAGUGGGCAGAACCGCACGAAUAUCUUCGACCACGCAUCUCUCACCGCGCUUAUGGCCAACGUUAAGGCAAUAGAUACCCCGAGCGUGGCGGAGAGUGAGGUCAUCAUCUGGCUUGCCCUGGUAAUCAAUUGGCGCGCACAUACGGCUGGGGGAGUGCCUGCGGCGGAUGAUUUGCUGGAUUACGUGCUCGACUCAUUCCCCGCGGCGCGCUCGUGGAAGGGCAUAACCAAGAUAUGUCGCAAGUUUUGGUGGUUCGGACGGCUGGAGCAACAGUGGAAAUUAUACUGGCAGAGAGGGCUUGACAGGGUGAAGAGUCGUUCGUCUGGAUCAAGGCUGCUUGAACGUCAAGCAUUAAAUCUGGUCCAAAGGUGAUCGCCGCACAUCCUCUAAAGACUUCAAGCACCGAACCCUGUCGCAUCCAGCUCCGUUGAAUUGAGGCUGGAACCAGGCUGGGCUACGGGAAAGUGA